AUGGCGCUCAAGAAAGUAUUGCUUGACAAUUUCAGGCUCCCUGGCCAUGCCGAUGCGGUUCUUCAUCUGGACGGCGCGCCCCUUUGCGUUGCUGAUAUCGAAGCGUUUGACAAAAAUACCGACAGCAGCGAGCUGACUGCUGCCAUUGGCAUAGCUACCGUACUGCACAAUUGGUGUCCAGACGCGCUGGCUGCAUUUCUGGAUCUAGAUGCCUGGUUUUCUUUCACAUGGUCUCUCGCCAUACAACAAGGCGAAGCAGAUGAGACGAACAUUGAAAUUGGCAGAAUCGGCAAUCAGCUAACGUUCGGUACGCUCGACAAGGACGGCGACAACUGGACGCUCAUGCUCACUUACAACAUCUCUUUAGAAGGUCCUGAUCGAGGGGCGUGGGUACCAAACCCUAAGGAAAGCAUGAAGGGCGAUGAUGACAUUACAGACCCCAAUGAAAUCGACAAGCUGAGUCGUGCCUUUGCGAGAGACAUUAUACUAGAGAAGAGGUGGAAUACUGGGAAGAAGCUACGACACAAAUUCCACAUCGAGUACGCGCCAAUGGACGUUUGGGGCGAUGGCAUACCAAUGAAUCCACAUUGGCUCUACAAGUCGCUGAACCUAUCUGAGUGCACCGUGUGCGGCAAAGAAGCAAGUCUAGGCUCACCACUCCAGCGAUGCGGUCGAUGCGGCACGGCGACAUACUGCUCGAGCGAAUGCCAGCGCAAUGAUUGGGCAGUGCACAAGCAUAUAUGCAGCCUGGGUUUGGAAGAUCGAGGCCAAAUGCUCGCGAUCACGGAAAAGGGGGGUCUGAUCAACUGGGAUCCCGAUCGAACAUACGCCUCAGCAGACAGCAAAGAAGAGUCGAAGAAUUCUAAUUUCGCGGAGCCACAACUUAAGCGUUGCAAGCAUUCCACAGGAAACUUCGUCAAAAAAGAGGCAGAAUGA